UAUCGCAGCCACUCGACGACUACAUUGGGCUAUUUGGAACAGGCACUCAAGGUGUUCCAUUCCCUCAAGAACGUAUUUAUCAAAAACCAAGCCCGCCGUGGAAAGAAUGGCGUCAUUCGACAUUUUUCCAUUCCAAAAUUGGCAGGUCUCCAUGCGUACUUAUAUCAUAUACCACGUAUGGGCACAGCCGUUCAAUUCUCUACCGAAAUAACUGAAAACUGUCACCAGACCAUGGCCAAAAUGGCUUAUAGGGCGACGAAUCGCAAAGACUUCUUUGUUCAGAUGUGCGCCUACUUGAACCGCGACGCAAUCUUUUCCCUCAUGGAGGACCUUAGUAACUGGGCUGCAGGGAGUGGAGUGAGGGAAUUGGCCAUCCAUGGUGUGGCCGGAAGUCUGUCUAACAGUUUUGUUGAACGGAUGGCUGCUGCUGCGAAGCGGCAGGAACAACUCGAAAUUCGUCGGCAAUCUAGAGCAAGAAACGCCCAUGUAUGGCUUACUGUCAAGCCUGAUCAGCAAAAUAUUCUCUACGACAGCAUUGCGCAAUUUUAUGGGCUCCAUGGUCAUCGCAUAGCGUUGACGCAACUUCUCGACCAGUACAGCACUAGAGACUUCCCGGUGGACUUGGCCACGCUACAUUGUGAUGUAUGGUUCCGGUUUCGCAUUCAACGACCAACUGUACAAGAUGAAGAUGAGCUUGCAGACACGCGAACUGUCCAAGCAAUCCCCCCUCCUGUACAAAAGAAUCGCCAUGGGCUCUGUAACUGUGUACUGAUCAAGGAUGAUCCGAAUGCAGAGGAUACUGGUGUAAAAGGUGCAGAUAAUAGCUGCCUUCAUCACACCCACUGCACGACACACCUUUGGUUUACUACUAUUGCUUCACGAAGAUACCAGCCAGUACCCAAGCAGAUCUCAAUAUGUACAAAAUUGAGUACAAGUAUGAUCAAAAUAAAUGUCGCGUUGGAGCGAUUGUGCCUCUCAGUUCAGUCUGCAGGCUGGUGCAGCUUGUUCCAUCGUUUGGACGACGCAUGA